AUGUUUGUUUCUUUCUCUUCUUUCUCUUUUUCUCUUAUUUUCCCUCUCUUAUUUCUCCAUCACCAUCUUUCUCAAUUUCCUCCACCAUCUUUGUCUCAUCGUUUCUUUACAACUUUCCCUUCUCUUCCAUUUUUUCAUUGCUUUUUUUUCUCGUUCUUUGCUACUUUCGUUUUUAUUUUAUUCUUCUUUUCUUUUCUUCGACUUUUUCUUUUCUUCUUUUUCUUUUCUUUUUUCUUUUCUUCCUUUUUCUUUUCUUCAUUUUUUCUUUUUCUUUUUUCUUUUUUCUUCUUUUUCUUUUCUUCUAAUUUCUUUUCUUUUUUCCUUUUCUUCAUUUUUCUUUUCUUUUCCUUUUUUCUUUUCUUUUUCUUUUCUUCUUAUUUCUUUUCUUUUUUUACUUUUUAUCUUUUCCUUUUCUUCUUUUAUCUUUUUUUUCUUUUUUCUUCUUUUUCCUUUUCUUCUUUUAUCUUUUCUUCUUUUUUUUCUUGUCGGUGCCUCUUCAUUUACAAUUAUUACUUUUGUUAUUGUUGCUCACCCUUUGCUUGUUUCGUUUCUUCGUUGUCUUCUUUAUCGUCUUUUUUUUUUUCCUUUUUUUUUUCUCCUCGCCUAUCUUUCUUCACAAAUUAA